AUGUUUAAGCUGCACUGCACACGUGCAUGUAUACUUUUUCUUUGUUGGACAAAUGUAAUCAUAGACAUGAAGAACAAGACAACAUAAAUGGAACGACUGAGGUUCACUCAACUCAUCUGAUCACAGGAAGAAGAAUGCUUCUGUUAGCAUCAUCAUCCCCUUCUCUUUCUCUUUCUCUUUCUCUUCCUUCAGUCUUCCACCUUCAUUAUCCUCUUCCUUCUUCAUUCCCUUGCCCUUCUCUCCACCUUCGCUUUCCUUCCCAAGCAACCCCACUUCGCCUCCAUACCCCACUUCCCCUUUCUUGCUCCCUUAAUUCUUCUUCCUCCGUGGAACAAUCUGCUUCACUUUCUCAGAUGCAGAAUAGCUUGUUGUACUCCAGAGCUUAUUGGGUCACUGAAUUUCUCAUUGCUUGGAACGUGGAUGUUGCAAAUGAGUUUUCUUGCCAACUGAUUGCCAGCAAAAAUGCUUCUUUGACCAUUGCGAAUGACCAAAUUCAAGGUGAGGAUUUGAAAGUUGAGCUUCAAGAGGAUAGAGCUGGCCUUCCUGCAAAUGUGUUGGAGAAAUUUCCACAUAUUCGAGGUUACAAAGCUUUCAAGCUGCCAUCCACUUUGGAUGUUAAACCUCUUCUUAAAUCCCAGUUAGCAGUUGCGAUUUAUGAUUCUGAUGAUAAAUGUAGGAAUUGUACUGGUUUACAGUUACCUGGUGUUUUAGAUGAGGUUUUCUCAUAUAAUGGUCCUCUUGGUGCACUUUUCUCAGAGGAAGCUGUGUCACUUAACCUGUGGGCGCCAACUGCUCAAGCAGUACGUGCUUACAUCUAUAAGGACCCAUCAGGAGAUGAUCCCAUAGAAAUUGUUUGCCUUGAGGAGGAAAAUGGUGUUUGGAGAACUAAAGGACCAAAAAGUUGGGAGCACUGUUACUAUGUUUAUGAAGUAUGUGUUUACCAUCAUAGCACUUUGCGGGUUGAAAAAUGCUAUGCAAAUGAUCCAUAUGCUAGAGGAGUUUCAUCGGAUGGGCAGCGGACUUUUCUACUUAAUCUUGACUCUGAUGAGUUGAAACCCGAUGGAUGGGAUGAUCUGGCAAAUGAAAAACCUACCAUACAUUGUUUCACUGAUAUAAGCAUAUAUGAAAUGCAUAUAAGGGAUUUCAGUGCCACUGACCUCUCUGUGCAACCUGCAUUUCGUGGUGGUUAUCUGGCCUUUACAUUGCAGGAUUCUGCAGGUGUACUUCAUCUGAAGAGAUUAUCAAGUGCUGGUAUCACUCAUGUCCAUCUAUUGCCAACAUUUCAAUUUGCUGGUGUUGAUGAUCAAAAGGAGAACUGGAGAUUUGUAGAUACCUCAAUACUGGAAAGUUUCCCACCUGAUUCCGAUCAGCAACAAGCUCUCAUCACAGCUAUCCAAAAUUUUGAUGGGUACAACUGGGGGUACAACCCUGUUCUUUGGGGGGUUCCUAAAGGCAGUUAUUCAAGUAAUCCAAAUGGUCCAUACCGUACAAUUGAGUUCCGAAAGAUGGUUAAGGCUCUUAACCAUAUGGGCCUCCGGGUUGUAUUGGAUGUUGUCUACAAUCAUUUGCAAGGAAGUGGGCCUUUUGACGAACAUUCUGUCCUUGAUAAGAUUGUUCCAGGUUACUAUUUAAGAAGGAAUAGGGAUGGAUUCAUUGAGAACAGUACUUGUAUAAAUAACACUGCUAGUGAGCACUUUAUGGUUGAGCGUUUGAUUCUUGACGAUCUUGUACACUGGGCACUCAAUUACAAGAUUGAUGGGUUCAGAUUUGACCUCAUGGGCCACAUAAUGAAGAGAACGAUGGUGCAAGCAAAAACUGCUCUCCAUUGUUUAACAACAGAAAAGGAUGGAGUAGAUGGUUCAAGUAUCUACAUAUAUGGCGAGGGAUGGGACUUUGGUGAAGUUGCCAAAAAUGGACGUGGGAUUAAUGCUUCUCAGUUCAAUCUCCCAGGAACACAAAUUGGGAGCUUUAAUGAUCGAAUACGCGAUGCCAUACUUGGUGGGUCUCCAUUUGGCGACCCUCUUCAACAGGGUUUUGUGACUGGACUACUCUUGCAGCCUAAUGACCAUGACCAUGGAACAGAAGAAAAUGCGAAAUCCAUGCUUGCUGCAUCAAUGGAUCACAUCCAGAUUGGAAUGGCUGCCAACUUGCAGGAUUUUGUGCUAACCAAUUGUAAAGGUGAAGAGGUAAAAGGGUCAGAAAUAUUAACAUAUGGUGGGACACCUGUUGCAUAUGCCUCAUGCCCCACAGAGACUAUCAAUUAUGUUUCUGCUCAUGACAAUGAAACCCUAUUUGACAUUGUGAGCUUAAAGACCCCAAUGGACAUCACUGUAACUGAGAGAUGUAGGAUAAACCAUUUGGCAACCAGUAUUGUAGCAUUAUCACAGGGUAUACCAUUUUUUCAUUGUGGAGAUGAGAUUCUCCGCUCAAAAUCACUGGACCGAGAUUCAUACAAUUCUGGUGACUGGUUCAACAGACUUGACUUUACAUACAAUAGUAAUAAUUGGGGUGUUGGACUUCCUCCUCAAGAGAAAAAUGAAAAGAACUGGCCACUAAUCAAACCAAGACUAGCAAACCCAUCCUUCAAGCCUCAGAAGAUUGACAUUCUUGCUACCAUGGACAAUUUCUUGAACCUGCUACGUAUAAGGUACUCUUCACCACUUUUCCGCUUGAAGACAGCAAAUGCUAUCCAGCAACGAGUAAGCUUUCACAAUACAGGACCUUCAUGGGUUUGUGGAGUCAUAGUAAUGAGCAUUGAAGAUGGUCAUGAUGGCUUUCCUGGGUUGUCUCAGCUGGAUCCCAUAUACUCCUUCAUUGUGGUUGUCAUGAACGCAAGUCCAAAAGAAGCAUCAUUUGUUUGCCCUGCCCUGCAAUCGAGAAGCCUCCAGUUGCAUCCCAUACAGGUAUCAUCAUCAUCCGAUGAAGUAGUUAAGAGCUCAAGAUACGAGGCAUCUUCUGGGUGUUUCGUUGUGCCUCAAAGGACAACAGCUGUGUUUGUGGAGCCAAGGAAAACAUGAGUCACUGCUUCAGCCAAGCAUGUAAAAGUUGCUUUGGGAUGCUUCUUUUCUGACCUUCACUUGGAUUUAAAGCUUUCGCAUCACUUUUCCUUUUCUUCCUUUUUAAAGACAUGUUUGGUAUAUAUUUCUGUUCUUGUUUUUCUUUGUCUUCAAUAAUAUUAAUAAUAAUUAUAAAA